UCUACGUUUGUUGAAUUGCUUAUUUAUUUUACAACUGAACUACUUUGCAAUGCCUGAAGUUAAAGUGGAUGAUGAUAAAUUUGCAGAACAAGCUGUAGAUCUUCUUAAUAAUGAUCCCAUUAAUUUAAAACCAGAUAAAAGAUUUGGAAAACGUCAUGUCCAAGUUGUAAAUAUCAGUUUUCUAAUUUUUGUCGCUUAUUACUCAAGAAAUAGUUUAUCAGUGGCAAUCGUUGCUAUGAACGAUCGCAAUUCAACAAUAAAUCCUAAUAUUCCUACUUAUGACUGGCACAACAAAAAUAUUAUCCAAUCCGCAUUCUCCUUUGGUUAUGUACCCGCUCAGAUCAUUUUCAGUUUGUUUCCAUCUAGAUUUGAUACUAAAUGGUUUGCUAUACCAUUAUUCGCUUGUUGUUCCAUUUCUGGAAUAGCGACACCCACGGUGGUUUACUGGUUUAAAGAUAAGGGAAUAAUGGUGAUGAGAGUAAUUCAAGGUUUGUGCCAAGGAUUUGUUUUUCCCACUAUCCAGUUGUUGCUAUGUCAAUGGGUACCGCCAAAUGAAAGGGCUAGACUCUGUGGAGGAGUUUAUACAGCUCGACCUAUUGCUACCGUUUUAUCUAUGUUUAUUAGCGGCCACAUAGCAGGUAGUUGGUAUGGUUGGCCAUGGAUAUUUUACAUUUCAAAUGCAUUAGGAUUGGUUUGGUGUCUUUCAUAUUUUCUUUUUUCGUAUGACAAUCCUGCUAGCCAUCCUUCAAUUUCUGCAGACGAAAGGCAAUACAUACACAAGAGUAUUGGACAUGAAAAUAAGAACCGUAAAAUUCCAUGGAAAGAUAUUGUGACAUCAGUGCCAUUUUGGGCCCUUGUUGUAGCACAAGCUGGUUUUAAUUGGGGAUUUUGGACACAACAAACACAAAUGCCGAUGUAUAUGAAAUACGUCAUGAAAUUUGACAUCGAAUCCAGUGGUACACUUUCAGCACUCCCAUACCUUGUUCAGUGGUUUCUUUCUUAUUUCUUCAACUUCCUGUCGGAUUAUUUGAUAAAUAGAAAAAUUUGGAGUAUUGAUACAGCAAGAAAAACCAUGAAUUCGAUAGGUGUAUUCGGUCCAGCAAUAUCCUUUAUAUUAUUACAAAACUGUGGUCCUGAUGAAUCCACCAAAGCAGUUAUCCUGCUAGUAUUCGGCGUUGCUUUGAAUGGGGCUUGUUUUUGUGGUUUUAUGAUCAACUAUAUGGACGUUUCACCAAGUUUUGCAAGUCUUCUGAUGGGUGUCAGUAAUGGUGCGUGUCAAACAGCAGGAUUUUUGGCUCCUCUUUUUGUACAAGCUAUUGUGAAACAUGAGAGAAAUCAUGAUGAAUGGAAGUAUGUAUUCUACACCGCUGCAGGAAUUUAUAUCGUAGCAGGACUGACUUUUAUAUUUUUCGGAUCAGGAAAAAUACAACCUUGGAAUAGUGGCAAAAAGAUAAGAGAUAAAUAAUGAUUUAAUUAGAUUCUACACAUACAAAUUAUUUUUUAUAAUAAAUAUUAAAUAGUAAAAUCAUAAUUUGUUUUAUUCGUUUAUUUUUUAAUUUAACAAAAAAAAUACUUAUAUUAACUUGUAGAAUAAUAUUUAAAUGAAA